AUGAACAUCGUUUCUUUUGAUUUGGCUGAUGAGAAAUGGGAAAAGGUGGAGCACCCUUGCUAUGGAGAAGGAGGCUUUCUUUUGAAGGUGGGAGUGUUAAGGAGUGAUCUUUCUGUCUUUAGUGAAUAUGAGAGCACUCAUAUAGAUGUUUGGGUUAUGAAGGAGUAUGGGAUUAAACAAUCUUGGAUAAAGAUAUUAACCAUCAAGAAUCCUUUUGAACAAACUUUGGGUCCUUCAUUUUUCAUGUCAAAUAAAGGUGAAAUUUUGGUGAUGUUAAGAUCAAUUUUCAUGAUAUACAAUCUGAAGGAUUUCAAAUAUCCAGAGUUUAUUAAUUUUGAUGGUGGUUGCAAGGCAAAAAUCUAUGUUGAAAGCCUAGUUUGUCCUUUUUCUGUGGAAGAGGAAGGAAGGGGGACAGAGGAUGAAACACAAAAGGCUGAAAAAGCUUAG